AUGCCUGUCGAGCUUCGCAAGCGCAAGGCCCCCGAGCCUGCUCCGGCUCCGGCGCCCAAGAAGGCCUCGUCCAAGGUAGCCAAGGCGGCCGAGAAGGUCAAGGGCGCCGUCAAGGGCAAAGCCGAGAAGCCCGCCGAAAAGCCUGUUGAAAAGGUUGCCGAGAAGCCCGUCGAGAAGCCCGCCGCCGCCAAUGGCUCUGACAAGAAGGUCAAGGCGGUUAAGGGUGAGACAAUCGACCUCGACGGCUUCGGCGGCGACAUUGAGACCAACGAUGGCGAGAAGAUGACCCUAAAGGAGCUCGUCGACAAGAGCAAGGCCGGCGUCGUCCUCUUCACCUACCCGAAAGCCUCGACUCCCGGAUGCACCAAGCAAGCCUGCCUCUUCAGAGACUCGUACGAGCCCCUCACCAAGACGGGUUUCGCCAUCUAUGGCCUGUCUAUGGACUCGCCCAAAGCCAACACCACCUUCAAGGAGAAGCAGAAGCUGCCCUACCCGCUGCUCUGCGACCCCAAGGCGACCCUGAUUGCUGCCAUUGGCCUGAAGAAGCCGCCCAAGAGCACCCAGCGCGGCGUCUUCGUCGUCGAUAAGGCCGGCAAGGUCCUCAUCGCCGAGCCUGGUAGCCCCGCGGGCACCGUUGACGUCGUCACGGCGCUGAUUGAGGGCGGCGAUGUCGACGGCGCCGAGGAGGCCGCGACUGAGGCCCCUGCCGCCGAUGCCAAGGAUGAAGAGGAGGCGGCCAAUGGAGAAGCCAAGGCUGAUGAGGAGAAAAAGGAGGAUGCUGCCGAUGAGGCCGAGAAGAAGGAUGAGAAGAAGGACGACACGGCUAUUGCUUCGACCGGCAAAACCUCGGCCCUCCGGUUCCUUGCCAGAAACUGGAGCACUCUCUCCCGUUCCCCGAACCUCACAACCAACCUCAAGCUGGUCAUCGAACCGUUUGCCAAUCGAAACCCACCACUCCAAAUCUCCCCUCCACCGUCUACAGACGUCGCCAAAGAUGGCCUCCAAGGCAAUUGCGAAGGCUGCGGCAGGCGGUCUCGUGGAGAUCUCCCAGCUAACCUUGUCUUCUUACUCCUCCUACAGAAGCACACCCUCCAGUCCACAGGCAUCUGGGAACGCAUCCGCCGCUCCCUGGCCAUCGAUCCCAACCGCUCCUCCGGCGUGCCCUUGAACCCGACCUUCCGCAACCCGGCACCGGGCGCCAACGACCCCCUGGCCUACGACGACCCCGUCACCGUCCCCGCGGGCGACAUCGCCGACAACCCGUACUGGAAGCGCGACGCCCGCCGCAACUACCCGGCCAUCAGCGUCGUCAGCCAGGCCGACGUCGUCGGCCUGCUGGCCGUCGGGUCCGCCGCCAACCCGCGCGUCGAGCUCAUCGGCGAGGCGGGCGAGAAGGCGCUCGUCGCGGCCAAGGAAGAAGGAAAGACGACGGGCAUCGCGGCUUACCUCGAGAAGAACGCCGCGCAGGGCGCCGUCGAGGCGAGCAAGGAGGCGCUGUUUACGAAUGGGUUGCCGCCGACGCCGAGUGGUGAGAAUUUGAAGAGUGGGAAGUGGGAUGUGCACAAGUACAAGGUCAACGAGGAGCAGACCUACGGUGAAGGGUGA